CCCCCAGAAGCAGGAAGUUAGGUGAAAGCAGUGAGUCCGGAGUGGAGAGCGCCCUAGGAGUGGGAGUAUCUAAAAGGAUACAAGGAUUGCUGAAAGGAUUUGAUAUCAGACUUGAAUGGAUAACCACCAGCCUCCCAGCUCACUGGCAAAUGGCUUUUUGGGAAGAAGUAUCCUGAAAGGAUUUCACACACCUGCUGCUUCCUUAGUUGAUGUAAACGAAGAUAAAAGUAGUCUAAAUAUAAAUAAAACACAGAAGAGAAGGAGAAACGCUGUAAACGUUGUGGGAGUUGAUUCUGGCUCCUACGGAGAAGGAUAUCCACCUGUUAUUUCUAUACCCACAGAACAGACACAGACAAAGUGCACAUCUUUUAAAAUUAAGGAGGAAACCUUGUCUGAAGGCAAUAUCUCACAUGUGGACAUUUCUUCAUGUACUGAAUGCCCAUUGACAGACUAUGCAUCUAUUCAAGUUAAGGAGGAACCAAACUCAUAUGAAGAACACCAUUUCACAGACAUGGACUUUUAUGCACCCACAAAAUAUUCAUCUGUUCAUAUUAAGGAGGAACCAACUUCAUGUGAAGAGCAAAAUAUGACAGAUCCUAACAUUCAUAUGCCCACCGAAUAUGCAUCUGUUUGCAUUAAGGAGGAGCCAGUCUCAUAUGAAAUAAAUAAUAAAAUGAACAUUCAUUCACUAACAGAACACAGACAGACAGGAUAUGCCUCUAUUCAUAUUAAGAAAGAACAAGUCUCAUGUGAAGAAGGAGAUCUCACAGAUAUUGAUGUUGAUGCGUCCAUACAACACAGAGAUGCCCAGAAUUUGUCUUUUCAUAUUAAAGAGGAACCAUCCCUUUGUAAAGGUAGAAAUCUCACAAACAUUGAGAUUUAUACGCCUACUGAACAUACACCAACGAAACACACAUCUAUUAAAAUUAAGAAGGAACCCACCUUGUGUGAAGAAGAAUAUCUCACUGAUUCAGGUAUUUCUAAACCUACAGAAUGUACACAGAGCGUAUAUGCAUCUACUCAUAUCAAGGAGGAACCAGCUUCAUGGGAAGAAGAACAUCUUACAGACACUGACAUUUAUACAGCAACACACCAUAGAGAUGCCAAGUAUAUAUCUAUAAAAGUUAAGGAGGAACAAGAUAUAUGUGAAGUCGAAAGAGUCAGACAUGAUCACAAUUAUACAGGUGCUGAACAAGCAUGUGCUGUGUCUAACCAUUGGAAUAGUUUUAAUCACAUGUCAAAUCGUAUGCAACAUCAGAGAAUUCAUACAGAAGAAAAGCCAUUACCAUGCUCUGUUUGUGGGAAAUAUUUGAACCUAAAGGAUUCUCUUAUUAAAUGUCAGAAGAUUGACACAGGAAACAUAUUGAAAUGCUCUAAAUGUGCCUCAAGUGGAGAAGAAAGUCUCAGAGACGGUGACAUUCAUAAACCGAAAGAAAAUGCAUUUACUAUUAAGGAGGAACCAGUCUCAAGUGGAGAAGAAAAUCUCAUAGAUACUAACAUACCCACAGAAUAUACACAGAACGAAUAUAAAACUGUUAAAAUUAAGGAGGAGCCAGCCUCCAGUGAAGAGGAAAAUAUUGCAGACACUGAUAUUUAUACACCCAAAGAACAUACACAGAUAGAACAUACAUCUACUCAUAUUAAAGACGAACCAACAAGUAAAGAAGGCAAUGUCACAGGCAUUCAAAUGUAUACACCUACAGUUCAUACACAGUCAUUGGGGAUCUGGAUUAUGGAAAAUGGGAUUUUGAAGACACAACUUAAACCUAUAACAGUACUGAUGUCCAAUGAAUUUAAUUCAAAAUAUAGUAGAAUCUAUACAUUUCAACAGAAUACUCACACUACUAGUGUCUCAGAAUCUGUUAACCCACCCGUGGUUCAUGCACCAGUUAAACCAUUUUCUUGCUCUCCAGUUAAACCAUUUUCUUGCUCUCAGUGCGACAAGCACUUUCUAGAUAAAUCAAGUUUUCUUAAACAUCAGAAGAGGCAUACGCUUAAGAAACCAUUUCCAUGUUCUGAAUGUGGGAAGUGUUUUACCCGUUCCUCAAACCUUGUUAAACAUCAGAGGAUUCACACAGGAGAGAAACCAUUUUCUUGCGCUCAGUGUGGCAAGCGUUUUACAGAUAAGUCAGGUUGUUGUAAACAUGAGCAGAUUCAUGUUGAAAAGAAGCCAUUUUCAUGUUCAGAGUGUGGGAAAAGUUUUGUUUGUUCGUCAUAUCUUCUUAAACAUCAAAAGAUUCACACAGAAGAGAAAACAUUUUAUUGCUCAGAAUGUGGGAAAUUCUUUAGGCGUUCCUCUCAACUAGUUAUGCAUCAAAGAACUCACACGGGAGAGAAACCAUAUUCUUGUUCACAAUGUGGAAAAUCUUUUGCUGUCAAAUCAAAUCUUGUUUCACAUCAAAAGAUUCACACAGGAAUUAAACCUUUCACAUGCACAAAAUGUGGAAAAUGUUUUACUUGCAAGGCAAGUCUUGUUAUACAUCAGGAUAUCCACUCGGAAAGGAAAAGGUACCCCUGUCCACAAUGUGGGAAAUUUUUUGCUCAAAAGUCAGCUCUUUAUACACAUAAGAAUGUUCACACCAGAGCUAAAUCUUACCCCUGUCCUGAGUGUGGAAAAUUAUUUACUCAAAAAUCAAGUAUUAAAUUACACCAGCGAAUUCACACAGGAGAGAAGCCAUUUGCAUGCUCUGAAUGUGGUAAAUGUUUUAAUAAUCGACCAGAUCUUCUUAAGCAUGAGAUGAUCCACACAGGAAAGAACCCAUUUCCAUGUUCUGAGUGUGGGGUAUGUUUUAAUCAUAAGUCAAGUCUUACUAAACAUCGGAAAACCCAUAUGGGAAAGAAACUACAGGGGGUCAACAAAAUAACAGAGGCACCACAAGAAAAAAAUAGUUUAACAGCUAAUCCUGAAGCUUUAAAGAUCUCUUAUUGCAUUCCCCUGGUAACAGAAGAAUUCUCUAGGACCCAGAGCUCCAGCACGGUGCCUCCACCUUACUACCUAAUACAGGAGAAACACUCUGGCAAGACGAUCCUGAAACUGACGAAGAUCAUCCACUUGCUGAUUGGAGAAAUGAGGCUGUUGGGAAUGGGUUAUUGUGCAAUGACUGCAAUAAUGAACAAGGACAGGAAUCAGAAGACUGAGAAAAUCUUGCAUCUCACCCUCGAGAUCAUCUACCUGUUGACUGGAGAGGAUUAUGUGGUUGUGAAGAAGAUGGACGAGAGUAUCACAUACAGCAGUAGGACCCACAACUCCAGCAAAAUGCCUCCAUCUCACUCACUGAUACACGAGAGAAACAAUGAGCAGAAGAUCCUGAAACUGACCAAUCAGAUCAUCCAGCUGCUGACUGGAGAGGAGUGGGAGUAUCUAGAAGGGCACAAUGAUCGCUACAAUGGCACAGUGAUGGAGAAUCACCAGCCUCUCAGCUCACUGGCAGAUGGUCCAGUUGGAAGACCUACUCAUAAAGAAUUUCAUAACCCUUCUGCAUCAUUAGAAAAUGUGUAUGAAGAUAAAAGUAAACUAAACAGAAAUGAUACAGAGAAGAGGCAGAGAAAGUAUGUAAGAAAUGUGGGACUGGAUUCCUCUUCCACUGGAAAAGGAAAUCUUAUGGACAUCUGUGCAGCCACUGAACAUACAGAGGCUGAAUGUGCAUCUACUUUUAUAAAGGAGGAAGCGGCCUCAUCCAAAGGAAAUUUAACAGAAGCUGAAAAUGACAGUGCUUGUCUCAUUAAGAAGGAAUCAGCUCUGAGUGAAGAAGACAAUCUCACAGACACUGACAUUUAUACACCCACAGACUAUACAGAGACAGAACAUACAGCUACCCAUUUUAAGGAGGACGAAGACUCAAGAGACGAACACGUUAAAGACAAUGACAUUUAUACAACCAGAGAGCACAUACUAUCCAAAUUAACAUGUAUGCAUAUUAAGGAGGAGCCAGCUUUAAAUGAAGUUGUAAAUCUCACAGACACGGACAGUUAUACACCCACAGAACAUACACCCACAGAAGAUAUAUCUAAUCAUUUCAAGGUGGAGUCUGCCUCGGGCGAUGAAGAAAAUCUCACAGACAUUGAAAUAUAUGCAACUACACAAGCGCUAAAUGUAUGGAUUAGUACUGAAGAUGGGGUAAUGAAGAAAAAAAUUAAGCCCCUAACCGUUAUGAAGGGCGGUGGGUGUCAUACAAAAUGUAAUAGUAUACAUGCAUAUCAGCAAAAUACACACACUACUAGCAACUUGGAUUGUAUUAACCACCAGGCUAUUAAUACAGCUGAGAAACGUUUUUCUUGCCCUCAAUGUGGUAAAUGUUUUACAGAUAAGUCUAAUUUUGUUAAACACCAGCAGAGACAUUUGCUAACGAAACCAUUCUCAUGUUCUGAAUGUGGGAAGUGUUUUACCCGAUCCACAAAUCUUGCUAAGCAUCAAAGGAUUCACACAGGAGACAAACCAUUUUCCUGCUCUCAGUGUGGCAAGUGUUUUACAGAUAAAUCAACCUUUGUUAAGCAUCAGUGGAUUCAUGUUGGCAAGAAACAGUUCUCAUGUUCUGAGUGUGGGAAAAGCUUUGUUUGUUCUUCAUAUCUUGCUAAGCAUCUAAAGAUUCACACAGGCGAUAAACCAUUUUAUUGUUGUGAAUGUGGGAAAUCAUUUAGGGGUUCCUCACAGCUUGUUAUGCAUCAGAGAACUCACACAGGAGAGAAACCAUUCUCAUGCUCAGUAUGUGGGAAAUGUUUUGCUGUUAAAACAAAUCUGGUUACCCAUCAGAAGACUCAUUCAGGAAUUAAACCUUUCACAUGCUCUGAGUGUGGGAAAAGCUAUGCUUGCAAAGCAAGUCUUGUUAAACAUCAGGAUAUUCACCCAGUAAGAACACUGCUCUCCUGUACAUAAUGUGCAUAAUGUUUUUUUUGUUUUUCAUUAUUUAUGUUUUUACACAUAUUUAAAAGUCAACUCUUAAUGCCUUCUCUGUUAGCCUCUUUUGAAUAUUGUUUCACUCAAGUGGAAAGGAUCAGGCACUAUAUUGCUGUAUACAAUAAGUAAGAUCAAAAUUAAUUUAUUAUUUGGAAUUUUUUUAUGUGCGUGCUUUGUUUUUGUGACCUGCCAAAACUAACCAUACGUCUAUUUUUAUUUCUUUGAAAAUAUGCAAACUGUUUUU